AUGUAUGUGAAGAUAGAGAGUGAACGACUACGAUACUUGCGAUUCAAUCAACAGAAGCUACGUGCGGAAGAAUAUAUUCACUUGCGAGAUGCUAUUGUGAACAACGCUGACACUGCCGAAAUUGGUAACUCUGUUAUCUUACCAUCAUCGUACAUAGGUAGUCCACGUCACAUGCAAGAAUACAUACAGGAUGCUAUGACUUUCGUGCGUGAAUAUGGACGACCGUGUCUUUUUAUUACUUUUGCAUGUAAUCCAAAAUGGCCGGAAAUUACAUCGUUGCUAUUACCAGGACAAAAUUCAAUACAUCGUCAUGACAUUACAGCACGUGUGUUUAAACAAAAAUUAAAGUCUUUAAUCAACUUUAUUACCAAAUUGCAUGUGUUUGGCCCCACACGUUGUUGGAUGUAUUCAGUUGAGUGGCAAAAGCGUGGAUUACCUCAUGCUCACAUUUUAAUUUGGUUCGUCGACCAAAUACGUGCUGAUGGCAUCGAUAGUUUGAUUUCUGCAGAGAUUCCAGAUCCGUCUACUGAUCAAUUACUAUUCGAUAUUGUUACUACAAACAUGAUUCAUGGUCCGUGCGGAAAUCUGAAUCCUUCAUCAUCUUGCAUGGUGGACGGAAAAUGUACAAAGCGUUUUUCUAAAGAUUUUACUAACGAUACGGUCACACAUGUUGACGGAUAUCCAAUAUAUCGUCGAAGAAGUACCGAAAAUAGCGGACAAUCUUUCGUUAAAACUAUCAACAACGCAGACAUCGACAUUGAUAAUCGUUGGGUGGUACCAUAUUCACCUUUGCUGAGCAAAACAUUCGAUGCUCAUAUUAAUGUUGAGUUAUGCAGUUCGGUGCAGAGUAUCAUAUAUAUUUGCAAGUAUGUGCAUAAAGGAAGCGAUAUGGCUGUAUUUAGGGUUGAAAAUACUAAUGUUCAUUCUCCUCCGUUGAAUCAAAAUGAUGAAAUUACGAUUUACCAAAUUGGCCAGUAUAUCAGUUCCAAUGAAGCUGUCUGGCGUAUUUUCGAUUUCCCAAUUCAUGAACGGGAUCCAGCAGUUAUCCAUUUAGCUGUCCAUCUUGAAUACGGCCAGCGCGUAUAUUUCACGAACGAUACAGCGCUUGAUCGUGCUAUAAAUCCACCAAAAACUACGCUCACUGAAUUUUUUGAACUGUGCAAUCGUGCGGAUGCUUUUGGUGCCUUCGCGCAAACACUGCUCUAUUCUGAAGUUCCACGGUAUUUUACAUGGACUCAAUCGAAAAAAUGA